GUUCAGAAGCAAGUAAUGUUCCUAAUCAAAUUGUAUUACAACCUGGAUGGUAAGCACUACGGGAUACCAGAAAAUAGAAAUGGAUUGGAUUACUCCUGUUUCAAUAUCGUUCCUGUUUGGCCUUAUGAUGAUGUUGCUUUUGAAAACUAGGGGUUUCUGGAAGAACAGCUCUCAGCUUCGUCCCCCAGGACCCUGGCCGUUACCGCUUGUUGGAAAUCUUCUCAUAAUGGAUCAGAAAAGGCCUUUUAGGAGCAUGCUAAAGUUGUCUAAACAGUAUGGUCCUGUCUUCAGACUCCAAAUGGGAAUCCAGAAGAUUGUGGUCCUGACUGGGUAUGAGACGGUAAAAGAGGCUCUGGUCAACCAGGCUGAUGCAUUUGCGGAGAGGCCCUUCAUCCAACUCAUUGAAGAAUUUUCAAAUGGCUUUGGUAUCACUGUUUCUCAUGGUGAGAACUGGAAAGUGAUGCGGCGGUUUGCCUUAACCACAUUGCGAGACUAUGGAAUGGGCAAGAGAUCCAUAGAAGACAAAAUUUACUGGGAUUUGUCAAUACGAUCUUUUCUUCCUUUUCCAUUCUUUCAGUUGUGUAACAUGUUUCCUGCCCUUGGCUUCCUUUUUGGUGCUCGUAAGACCCUCCUUAAAAACAGAGAUGAGUUGCAUGCCUUUAUAACUGCCACCUUCAUAGAUCACCUGAAAGAUCUGGAUAAAAAUGAUCAGCGGAGCUUCAUUGAUACAUUUCUCAUCCAGCAACAAGAGGUAACCAAGUCUUUUUUCAAAGAGCAUACAAUUGCUCUUGAUAGCAAGGAUUCUUUUGUUCCCCCAGAAAAAGUCCAAGCAGAGAUUGAUGGUGUUGUUGGAACUGCUCAGCCCAGGACUGAACACCGAAUAAGAAUGCCAUACACAGAUGCCGUAGUCCAUGAAGUUCAAAGGUUUGCCGAUAUCGUCCCGACCAAUUUGCCACAUGCAACUACUACGGAUGUUACUCUCAAAGGCUACUUCAUUCCAAAGGGAACUCAUGUCAUUCCGUUGCUGACUUCUGUGCUCCAUGAUGAAUCGCAGUGGGAGAAGCCUCAUGAGUUCUAUCCCGAGCAUUUUCUCAACUCUGCAGGAAAGUUUGUCAAAAGAGAUGCAUUCAUGCCUUUCUCUGCAGGGCGCAGGAUAUGUGCAGGUGAGACCUUGGCCAAAAUGGAGUUCUUCCUGUUCUUUACGAGCCUCCUGCAGAGAUUCACCUUCCAGCCCCCUCCCGGAACGUCUAGAGAAGACCUGGAUCUCACCCGAGCAAUUGGGUUGACAACACCUCCCCUGCCCUUCCACAUCUGCGCUCUGCCACGCUGAGAUUGCUCAUGAAAGUAAUAUGGGUGAAGCAGCUUCUUGAUUGAACUGACCCAUCCACAGAUCUCAAGUAUUCCUAGUGCCUCUGUUGCUGUUUUGAAAAAAAGAAAAGAAAAGAAAACAGCACUUGAUGGAAUUGGCUAUGAUAUUGUAUGACCUAUAUUCAGUCCUGUUGAAUCCCAUAAACUAUAGCGAUACACCAUUUAGUUUAUAAAUGGGAUUUUGGUUCAUGUGCUAUUUGCUGCUGAGUCCAAAUCAAGGCUCUGCUUAUAUUUUACAGCCUCUACGUAAUGUGCUUCUGCUUCUAGAUCACACCAAUGUCUGACAGAUCCAUUUGUUUCUGGUUCACAUCAAUGUCUAAUACAAUUUUGACAGCAUGAAGUUGGGGCGAGCUCAGGAGAAUAGACCUGUUUGCUUCAUUGAAUGCUGCCUAAGAUAAAUAAAUGGCAUAUUCUUCCUUCCAGAAUGCAGGAUAAAUAAUA